AUGUCGCAGAGCGCAACCACCAACACUACAACCAACAACUCGCAACCCUCAGCCUCGCCGGAAAACAAGAACAAGACCACUACUGCCGCCGGCAAGGACGAAGCAAAGAAGAAAACGUUCUCUACAAAACCCGUCAUACCAUGGGACCAUGAACCCCACAGCGUAAACGUCAAGUCCUUUGUCGGUUACGACAUCCAGUUCACCGGCUGGACAAGAAGAGACAUCCGGGCGAAGCGAUGCGAGGAAGCGGCGGCAGCAGACGCACGUGACGCUGAAAACGAGUAG